GCUCCGAGAGAGCCGGCGGCCAGUGGGCAGGGUCACAGGGCAAGGUCCCGCGGGUCGCUGGGAGCGGCGACUUCCGUGCUCCCGGCGAGCGGGCGGAGAGCGGGGGCCGCACUGGGGAGUGUGGGCUGGGCCGCAGGUGAGCGCGCGGUCCCGGCGAGCAGGUCGAGUCAGCCCAGGCCAGCAACCUUUGAGUUACGGGAGGAGUGAUCGCUAGGGUCCACCCCGGUCCCGGCCAGAUCUGCCAGCCCCACUCUCUGGCGGGUGAUCUGGUGCCAAGUCUGGGAGCCCAGGUAGCCCUCCGCAGACAGGGCUUCUCGGCACCUCAAUGAGGACGGACAAUGAUGAGGCCGUGAAUGAGGUGGGCUAGGGACAGGGGACCGGGAGCCUCACAGAAGGGAGAAGGGUAGCCAUUUGGAUGGACCCUCACCUCACUUGCGCUCCCAUUCCUGGACUGCGCUCGAGUGACUGUCAGGGUUAAUUCUUCCGCCUUCUCAGGCUUCCUGUGUCCUUGUUAGCAGUUCUUGAAUUUCGGACUACGGCUUCUGGCCUCGUUGGGCCUCCGGGCCCCCGCACUGGGGCAGGUUUCCCAGCAGCCCAGUUGACCUUUACCGGAUGCUUUUGGCAGACGUCCUCCAUGCCGGGCUGGAAAUAUGCGUCACAGUGUUUUUCAGACACUUUUGCCUCUUUCAUUGUGAUACCCUGCCUGGGGACGACUAUGAUGGAGUCUUUAGGUUUUUGUAAUCAGCAAAGGCAUCUGUUAUGCUCCUGCCACCUUUUCGGGGAGAGUGGGUGGAGGAUGUUGUGAUUUUACACCAGGGAGUUGUUUGGGCUGUCAUUCAUUCGUUCAGCAGACCUUUUUUGGGCACUCUGCCAGGCAGGGUGGGAGAGGUGCCUGGAUGGAUAGGGCAUAAUUGGGCCAGACAGACAUGGUUCUUAGCCUUUUGGAGCUUAAAGUGUCUUGAGAAACGCAGACAGGGUAAGCCAGCAUCGUGCCUGACACAAAGUAAGUGGUUAUAAGUGUCGAAUAAAGGAAUGAAUUGACUUAUUUGGGAAUGAUUAGAAUGUGAGCAGGACGGUAGCGAGAGACUUUAUGCUGCAUGUGAGAGAUAGUUGUGAACUCAUGCUCGAUAUGUUUUGAGACAGGUUUGGAAAUCUGAACGGACCGUUGAUAUUUAGGGAAGCAUUUACUUAUACAGAGGACUUGCUUUAAAGGUGGAAGUAAAAUGGAGAAGUAUUAGGUUUGGGAUUCUUCGGAGGUGCCUCUUUUAACUAUUACUGUGUCUCUGAAUUUCACAAAUCCCUGAGUACAGUCUCAGAGUUUGGGAAAAGGAAAGCUCUUCUAGGUAAUGAAAUGCCAGGCUGAUGGGAAAAAACUGUAGGAAGCUCUCCCUAAGUCCAGGAUUUGGACAGAAACCGUAUACCUCUGCGGUGUGUUCUUCCCACUAGAAAGAAUGUAGGCUUUGAAAUUGGAGAGGCCUGGGUUCAAAAUCAGUGGCUCUAUCACUUCUAGUGAUCUUGGAUAAGUUAACAUAAUGUCUGUGAGCCUUUGUGGCCUUAACAAGAGUCUGGGCUAAUAAUUCCUACAUCAUAGAGGUGUUAUGAAGAUCAAAUGAUGAUUAGUGUGUAAAUUGUCAUCAUAGUGCCUGGUGCUAAGACGAUAAGGGGUGGGAGUCUUGGAGAUGCUGCAAUUUUUUUUUUUUUUUUAAUUUCAUGAUGCUGCCUUAUUGCAGGGGUCCUCAACCCCCUGGGCCACAGACCGGUGGUGGUCUUCAGCUCAUUAGAAACUGGGCUGCACAGCAGGAGGUGAGCGGUGGGCGAGCUGGCAAGCAUUACCGCCUGAGCUCCACCUUCUGAUAGAUCAGCAGCGGCAUUAGAUUCUCACAGGAGUGCAAACCCUAUUGUGAACUGCGCAUGCGAGAGAUCUAGGUUGUGUGCUCCUUAUGAGAAUCUAAUGCCUGAUGAUCUGAGCUGGAACAGUUUCAUCCCGAAACCAUCCCUCUCUAACCCCCAUCCGUGGAAAAAUUGUCUUCCAUGAAACUGGUCCCUGGUGCCAAAUAUAGAUUGGGGACCGCUGCCUUAUAGUGUUACGUCCAGAGAACACUGGGAUUCCUUCAAAGAGAAUUGGAACCAAAGAGAGAGGGGGAGAAUCAUCUUAUCCUUGGUGAGGUUUCGAUUGUUCACUUUAGAUCAGAGAUAGUAGUGUUGGAGAAAUACCUACGGGGGCAUAAACAGAAAGAUCUUUUAGUGGAUACUGUUGGGCAAGUCUCUUAACCCUCUGAUAGUGGGUUAUGUAUCUACCUCAUAUGGUGGACAUGAGGAUUGAGACGGUGAGUGUAUAUGAAGCACCUAGCCCAAGGCCUGGCAUGUAAGUGUUCAAUAAAUGGUAGCUGUGUUAUUAUAACUGUGAAUGAUCUUUGAUAAUUGAUAAUGGUAAUAAUCAUUUGAGAUGGAAUUGGCCAUUAGAGUGAUCCAAUUUGUGUGUUUUUACAUUACUUUGGUAUUGCCCUACUUCAUUUCAGGAGGCCCUGAGGCCAUUCCACUCCGCUACCCGCCCCACCCUGCCCCACCCCGCCCCCCGGGCUUGUACAGUGGUUUUUCACAGAAAAUCUUCAAGUUCUGCGGUAUCCAGAAUGUCAUGUGGCCUGUGUUUUGGACCGUGGUUCGUACCUAUGCUCCUUAUGUCACAUUCCCUGUUGCCUUCGUGGUCGGGGCUGUGGGCUACCACCUGGAAUGGUUCAUCAGGGGAAAGGACCCCCAGCCCGUGGAGGAGGAAAAGAGCAUCUCAGAGCGCCGGGAGGAUCGCAAGCUGGAUGAGCUUCUAGGCAAGGACCACACGCAGGUGGUGAGCCUUAAGGACAAGCUAGAAUUUGCCCCGAAAGCUGUGCUGAACAGAAACCGCCCAGAGAAGAAUUAAUGGAGGACACAGGGCCCUAUGGUCCUACUGUGGGCGGUGACUUGUCCUGCUACCAUGUUGACAGAGCCCCAGAACCCACAUCUGAUUGGCUUUGUUGCUUAUUCUGGCCCCUCCCACACCACACAGCCACACAAAUACUGGCUGCUCCUUGAUGGCCAGGCAGACCCAGCAGCAGCCGGGGGGCCAGUGAAGAGGAAGGCCGCAUCUGUUGUGUGGUGGCCACAAGCACUCAGGCAUCUGAGUUUACUGGUGCACUGCUGGGAGAAGAGUUAAGAGAUGAACAUUGGCUGUCAAUCUCUGUGGACAGGCGGUUUGGCCUCUAGUGGGAAUGGCUGGGAUUUGGGCGUUGCCUUUAGGAGGGAUACCUGCAUGUCUAGUUCCAGUCUGCACUGGAAAGAAUUCAAAUAUGCACCUGGCUCCCUUCACUAUUUUGCCCUAUCCUUUGUGCUCAUUCUUACUGAAAUCUGUCUUGUCAGCUCAGGAAUGGGACUCCCCCGGGAAGGAAAGCAUUUUUCUGUUCUGGGAAGCCCAGACUGUUCACUUUGGGGCAGGGACGAAUAUGUGCCUCGUGAAUUUGCUUGAAAACAGUCACCGUCUUCUACCCCCAUCACUGUAUAGUGAAAAACCUGAUUAAAGUGGUAUCUGAGAACCAUAAUGAUCGAAUCUUAUCAUCCAGAUGGUAUUUGGGGGUCUUCUUAGGAGUUAGGCAAGUACAGGCAUUUUAGAGCAGGAUAACAUUGGUAUUAAAGCGUGCCAAAGAGCCCUGGAAACUGCUUUACUAGUGCGGUUCCACUGAACCCUGGAGGCGCAGAUUCCCAGGAACCUUUUUACCAUUAUUACAACUGGCUGUAGCACCUUCAAGUCUAAAUGGAAGUAGACCUCACAUACGCACACAUAGAUGCCUUUCCCUAUAAAAGUAUAUACGCACAUUCAAGAAAAUUUGGUAGGGAUUUUAAAAAGGUCACCCAUGUUCCCAGCUCGUUAAUAACAACCAUUAACAUUUUGUUGUCUUUUACUAAUUCUCUGCAUAGGUUUUAAAGAUAGUUAUCAUUACUGUACAUUUAAUUUUAUAUACUUUUCUCACUAUUAUCAUUUUUCCACUUUAUAUGGUCAUCAUAAUUGGUUUUUUGGAGACAGGGUCUCACUGUCACACAGGCUGGAGUGCAGUACAAUCACGGCUCAGUGCAACCUUGACCUCCUGGGCUCAAGUGAUCCUCCCACUUCAGCUCCUCAAGUAGAUGGGACUACAAGAGUAUGCCACUAUGCCCAGCUAAUUUUAAAAUUUUUUUGUAAAACCAGGUCUCACUAUGUUGCCCAGGCUGGUCUCAAACUCCUGGGCUCAAGUGAUCCUCCGGCCUUGGCCUGUAGUUUCUUUUUUUUUUGGAGAUGGAAUUUCAUUCUGUCACCCAGACUGGAAUGCAGUGGCGUGAUCUUGGCUCACUGCAACCUCUGCCUCCUGGGUUCAAGCGAUUCUCCUACCUCAGCUCCCUAAGUAGCUGGGAUUACAGGCGUGUGCCAUCAUGCCUGGCUAGUUUUUGUGUUUUUAGUAAAGACAGGGGUUUCACCAUCUUGGCCAGGCUGGUCUCGAGCUCCUGACCUCAAGCGAUCCCGUCUGCCUUGGCCUCCCAAAGUGCUGGGAUUACAGGUGUGAGGCACCAUGCUUGGCGGUCUGUAGUUUUUUUUGUUGUUGUUGUUUUAAAUAUGGAGUCUCGCUGUAUUGCCCAGGCUGGAGUGCAGUGGCGUGAUCAUGGCUCACUGCAACCUCCACCUCUUGGGUUCAAGCGAUUCUCCUGCCUCAGCCUCCUGAGUAGCUGGGAUUACAGGUGCGUGCCACCACGCCCGGCUAAUUUUUGUAUUUUUAGUAGAGACAGGGUUUCACCAUGUUGGUCAGGCUGGUCUCAAACUUCUGACCUUGUGAUCUGCCCUCCUUGGCCUCCUAAAGUGCUGGGAUUACAGGCAAGAGCCACCGUGCCUGGCUGUAGUUGUUUUUAAUAGCAACGUAAUUGUCUAUCAAGUGGGAGUAUGGCAUAAGUUUAUCCUGGACAAUUUCCAUAUUGCUGGACAUUUGAAUUAUUUCUGGUUGUUCACUCAUUUAGAUACUGCAAUGAAUAUCUUAUAUGAAGCUUUUCCUGCGUUUUGGAAUAAACAGUAAAAAUAGUAAA